AUGAAGCGCUCCCCGAACGACGAUGCCUCGCCGGCACUGCUGUCGAUCAACUUCAUCCUGCUCGCGGUCGUCGUCGUCACCACCUCGCUCCGGCUGUACACCCGCUUCUCUCUCCGCGCCCUUGGCUGGGACGACUACACCAUCACCGCCACCGCGUUGGUGGCGACGACGCGCGUGGCCAUCCAGGCCGCGCAGGUCCAGUACGGCAACGGGAGGCACCGCCAGUACAUCAGCAACGAGGACUACGUGACAAACAACAUGCUUGGCUGGUACGCGCAGCUCCUCCUCUUCGUGUCCAUGACACUGCUGAAGAUCUCCAUCGGCCUCCUGCUGCUCCGCAUCCGGAACACCCGAGUGCUCAGGAUCUUCCUCUGCUGUCUCAUUUCCGGUGUCAUCAUCACCAACCUGACGUGUAUCAUCGUCCUACUGUCCGAGUGCUCCCCGGUCUCGGCCUACUGGAAGGGCGGUGGCUCCUGCUGGGACACGAGGGUCCGAAUCUACGCGAUAUAUAUAACCAUCGGAUAUUCGCUCAUGACGGAUUUCAUAUGCUCGCUCCUCCCACUCGCCGUCGUCUGGAAGGUCCAGAUCCCCUUGAAGAAAAAGCUAAUGAUCUGGGGUCUGAUGAGCAUGGGUUUGGUUGCAACCGCCUUCGGCGCCGUGCGAGCGGCUUCACUUGGUCUACAAACGGACGAUCUCAGCUGGGUCUACUGCAUCGCGGCAAUCUGGUCAAACCUCGAACUCUUCCUCGGCAUCACGGCCGCCAACCUCGCCCUGUCGCGCUCCGUCUGGAUGUUCCUCCGGCACGGCCGUCGCGCGAACACCAGCGGCCGCACCCAGAGCCAGAACUGGACCAGCCCCCCGUCGGAGGGUUCAUCGAGGGGUUCGGGGAUGAGGAUGGCGACGACGAGGUCGGCAACCAGCGCCAGGACAGAGGCGGACGAGGCGGCGAGGGGCGGGCGGGGCGGCGCAGAUGGUGGGAUGGGGAGGCGGCCGGGGAGCGAGGGGAGUGAUAUACCACUGCACCUGGGCGUUGGGGGGAAGAAUUCCUUUUGGGCCUUGGUGGAUUAUGAGCGGGCCACCACGGAUGUGUGA